CUUUAGGUUUAGGCUAUUGACCAUUCGAGGACUGUACAGAAGAAGAACCCUAGAUCACCUAGAGCACACAGAGAGAACCGUCAAGCUUCCCCUGGGAUUCAGAUCUAUCAAUGGCGGAGCACUUGGCGUCGAUUUUCGGGACGGAGAAGGACAGAGUGAACUGUCCAUUCUACUUCAAGAUCGGAGCUUGCCGGCACGGCGAUCGCUGCUCGAGGCUCCACACGAAGCCUUCCAUAAGCCCUACUCUGCUGCUCUCGAACAUGUACCAGCGUCCCGACAUGAUCACUCCAGGCGUCGACCCCCAGGGUCAGCCCCUCGAUCCCCGCAAAAUCCAGCGCCACUUCGAGGAUUUUUACGAAGAUUUGUUUGAGGAGCUAAGCAAGUAUGGGGAGAUUGAGAACCUUAAUAUCUGUGACAAUUUGGCUGACCACAUGGUGGGUAAUGUGUAUGUGCAGUUUAGAGAAGCAGAACAUGCUGCCAGUGCGCUCCAGAACUUGACUGGAAGGUUUUAUGCAGGGCACCCCAUUAUUGUUGACUUCUCUCCUGUGACCGAUUUUCGUGAAGCUACAUGUCGGCAAUAUGAGGAAAAUGUCUGCAAUAGAGGUGGCUAUUGCAACUUCAUGCAUCUGAAAAAGAUUAGCAGAGAAUUGAGGCGGCAAUUAUUUGGGAGGGGUGGCCGAAGGCACAGCCGCAGUCCACAGCGACAUCGCAAUUAUGAAGAGCGACCGCAUGGUGGUCGUGGUUCUGGUAGGAGAGGUGAUGACCGAGAUCACCGCCAUCACGAUAGGGGCAGGAGACCUAGAAGCAGAAGUCCAGGACAAAGGGUUGGGCGAAGCAGAAGCCCCAGGGAACAUAGAAAUAGGAGCCCUGGAAGAGAAGGCAGUGCUGAGAGAAGAGCAAAGAUUGAGCAGUGGAACAGGGAAAGGGAACAAGCAGAGGCUGCUAAUAAAAACAGUAACAGUAGAAAUGAUAUUGAUAGCAAUGGCCUUGCAAGGAAUGGAGAUCGAUAUGAUGAUUCUCAUCAGCAGCAGCAAGGAGAUUAUGACUACUGAUCCAACCGUCUGGUGGAGUACAGGUUCAUUGUUAUAUGAUAUUGAAAGUAAAAGCAUUUUUUUUUUCCUUUUUUUCUCCUACCAUCCGCUAAAAGAAGAUGAAAACAAAUUUAGGGAAGAGACAGUGACCGUGCAGAACUUGAAUGCCUAUACUAGAACCCAUUCUAUUCUCCACUACUCAACAUCUCUGUUCUUAAGUCAUUAUUUUCUAAUGGAUUUUGUGCAGAUUUUCCACUUGUGCAUGGUGAAACCAAAAUUUCCCCUGCAGUAUUUCCCAAAAUUUGUUUUGUAAAAGUUUCUUUAAUCUUGGUUAGGAUAUUAACAUACUUCAAACAAAAGUAUAUUUGUCAUGAAAGACGCAUGGGCCAUAUUUGACAUUUUCCAGUUUAUUGAGAGAAACCUUGAUUUCUCACAUUUGUGCACAAGGGUAUACUUUCUCACCCAUGUGUUGCAAAUUUCAUAUUAUUUUCCAGCCAUCAUUCUCUUGUUAGCAGAGUGAAAGGCUUCUCAUGUUUGGCAUGAAAACUUUGUGCACACCAUCACUCGCAUGGCAAGAAUAGCAUCUGCAGGUUCAUGACAUCCUCAACCCAUUUUUAACCAAAAGAAGCUAUAGCUCUUAUCUGCUUCCUUUUUUUUUUUUUUUUUUUCCUGAUAAGUACAUUUUUUAAUUUUGAUACAAUAACAUGGAUAUCCUUCUAUAUAUUUCCUCAACGAGUUAGCGGUCUUACGAAUUUCACUAGUUUUGCAGGUUCAGGUAUUCCUGCUUCCGGGAAUGAGCCUCAUCUUUUCCACAAGCACCUUACCAUGAUAUUUGUAUACAGGUUUGCUUGCUACAAAUGUCUGCAGAGCAACUUUACAGGAUCUGAUCAAGUUAGCAGCCCGUAGCAUUUAAACUGAUGAUACCAGACUUCAUUGGAUUGACAGUAUGCCAUAGUAGCAGCAGCGGCACCAACACCAGUAUUUGUUCAGGAAUGUCUGUACUUCGCCUUUUGCAUUAAGCAGUUUCAGAUUAUUUAAUGUGACAACACUAAUACUGCUCCUAAAUGUUUGUGGUUUUCUUUUCGGCUUCGGGUUUUUCGGUCGAUUUAUAGGUAAAAUAUGUGCCAUGUCAAUGUAUGCUUGUAUGGGAUGGGAAGAGUGGGGCAAUCUUAGCCAUUUGCUUUUGCUUUUAUAAUGGUGAAAGUCUCCUUUUGCAGCCUUCA